AUGCGGUUUCGCUAUGACAGCUGCGGUCAAGUCUUCAAAGACUUCCAGGCAUUGGAUGACUUGGGCGAAACUGUACGAAUUCCGCUGUGCACCUCUUCGCGAGACCUUGCUGUGCAGUGGAAGCCAUAUCAGGCCUUGGGCGAGCUUGCCUUGGAUGCGGUCACCUUGGGAGCCGGCUCUGCAGCCAAGGCCACUGCGGCCACGGUCUUCAAGAGAUCCGCGAAGGUGUCGAAGGGCAGAAGAAAAAUCCAACAACUGGCGAAAGUCAUGGCAACAGCCACAGGUGCCAAGAAGGCCAACAGAUUGACGGUUGUUGCCAGGGCUGUGGAAAAAGCCAGCCGCGAUGUCGUCAAGUCCUUUCUGAGGUUGCGAGCGGGCUUCCGGCCUCUGCAUCGCUCUCCUCAAGCCCUGGCGCAGGCCAAGAAGGUGAACCGUGGCCUCCGGUCCAGCCAUGCCCGAAAGAAGACAUUGUCGAAGAUUUUUGAGGUGCAGAGACAUCUGCAAAAAGAGCUGAGAAAGAAGGGCAUCGCUCUCAGCCGUUCCACUCCGAACAACGCCGACGUUUGGAAGAAGGUGGGGCAAGCCAUGGAUCUUCGAGAUCAACUGGGCCGCUCGGGUGAGCAUUUCUGUGUGCAUGGUCGGUUUCAUCUCUAG